AAUGUAGAUUGGAUAUUGGAGGUGCGAAGCGGUUAAUUGUAAACUUGACAGGUUGGCGCGAUGGUUCUGUUGGCUGCAUCUGUGUGUACUCGUGAUGGUAAAGCUCUGGUGUCUCGACAGUUUGUGGAAAUGACAAAGGCAAGAAUUGAAGGAUUAAUAGCAACAUUUCCAAAGCUUCUUGGGACAGGUAAACAACAUACAUUUGUGGAAACAGAAUCUGUGCGGUAUGUUUACCAACCUUUGGAAAAAUUGUAUGUUCUUCUGAUAACUACCAAAGCUAGCAAUAUACUCGAAGAUUUGGAGACAUUACGGCUCUUUGCACGUGUGAUACCGGAGUAUGCUUGUGGUACCGAUGAAAACGAUGUACUGACACAUGCUUUCCAACUUAUUUUCGCAUUUGAUGAAAUCAUAGCUCUAGGCUACAGAGAAGAUGUCAACCUGUCACAAAUUCGAACAUAUACGGAAAUGGACUCACACGAUGAACGCGUGUUCCGUGCUGUACAGGAGAACAAAGAACGUGAUGCUAAAGAGCAAAUGAAACAGAGAGCACGUGAACUACAACAAGCCCGACUAGAAGCUGGAAAACGCUCAGGUGGUAUGAAUCUUUCAGGAUUCUCUAAUUAUCGUGGUGGGAAAGGAAUGGGUGGUCUGUCAAAUGAUUUAAAUGAACCUCGUGUAAUCGUCAUGAAAGAUCGUUUGGGAGAUGGGAAUACGGAUGUUCAAAGUUUGCCUACUACAAAUUCAGCAACUAUCUUAGCAUCAGUGAAACGAAGUGGUAUGCAACUUGGUGGUGGCCAGGGUGGUUUAAAAAGCAUUGAUCAGUUUGUGAAUCGUCUAAAAGCCGAAGGUGAAGUGGUCAAUGAAGAUGUUAUGAAUUUAGUUAGCGGAUCAGACGGAGCAGAUAACGUAAUGAGUACUAAUUCAACUUCUGCUUCAACUCAAAAAUCUCAUGUUAAAAAAGAAAAUCUGCAUUUACGAAUUGAGGAGAAGUUAAUCGUUCAAGCUGGUCGUGAUGGUGGUUUAGAAAGUAUGGAGUUGCAAGGUACAAUGUUUGCACAAGCUAUCACAAAUGAAGCUUGUGAAGCGAAAAUCCGAGUGGAUACAAGUAUGUGUACAAAUCCGCCCAAUGAACAUCGGCCACCUGUUCAACUUCAAACACAUCCUAAUAUUGAUAAGAAAACUUUCAUGUCCACUGGUUGGAUUCAAAUCAAACCAGGAGGUAAACCAUUUCCAAAUGGUCAAGAAGUUGGUAUAUUAAGAUGGAGAUUUCAAACUUCCGAUGAAGCUGCUCUUCCUAUAACUGUUAAUUGUUGGCCAAAUGAAAUACCCGGUGGCUUUGAAGUAAACGUUGAAUAUGAAUUACAAGAUUCUGUAUUAGAACUGGAGAAUUUAGUUAUGUCAAUCCCAUUGCCACGUUCUUAUUCUAAUAAACCGUAUUGGAUAAUUUGAUCAGUCAAGUCUAUCAAGUUUAUCAGUUGGUUAUUGAUCCAGUUAAUAAUGGAAUAAAAUUAUUUCCUUGAAAUAUGCUCGUCAUACGUGAACAUGAAAUGUUGUUUUAUGAACUGAUCUGUAUGUUUUUCCAGUUUUAAAGUAUGUGUGGUAAGAUUGUUGAUCUUGUCAAUCAUUUCACUAAUUUUAUGAGUGUCUCAUUAAACUUAUUGAAUUGACAACUGACUCAAUUUUGAAACAAAUACAAGGAACAGUACUAUUUGCAUUUACUAAAUUAUUUUACGUUUGGUGUGGAUGUGAUUUCUGUCUGCUGGUAUCAAAGCAAGUUUACUGCUCAGUAUAUUGUCGUUUAUUUCUCCACGAAUAUGAAGUUUGGCGCUUAAUGGAGAAUUCCAGUUGUAGUUGACGAUAAUUGUCGUUGAAGCAUUACUCAUUUACAGUGGAACAAGAAAGUUAUCAGUACGAAUGUUAAAACCAUAGUAAUAGUUGUCUUUUGAAGCGGUGAAUCUUCCUCAGCUAGAAUGGUUCGGGUGUGUGUUACGUAUCGCGUACCACAGUAUAUUUCGACUUGCAUUGUUAGCUAAUGUAGUAAUUUAGAAGAAAAGUAGGAGAGCUGAAACUGAGAAGUAAUAUCAGUCCACAUAGUCAUUGACUGUUUGACUGAACCAUGUUGUUAAAUGGAGACCAUCUGGUUGAGCUCCGCGCAAUUAUCAUGACUAGUGGCUGCAGACAUUGAGUGACAUAGCUCAGAAUCGGUCACAGUAGUUCAGACACACUCAUUACUUUAUCGUCCUUUAUAUUUUAAGAUCCAGCGUUUAUUAAAUCAUACCUUUUCAUUCUAUCUUCUUGAACCAUAUUCUUAAUAUUUGGCCUCCGUAAUUGUUAUUACUGUUACGAUUAUUUUAACUUCUUUGCUGUUUAUCUUGUUGUGUUGAUGUGUACUGUGACAGCCUGUUCCAAUACACCAUCGUACCUGGCUUCACAUUAGUUAUGAAUAAUUGUCUCUGUUCCAUAUGCCUAAUCACCGAUUACUUUGAUGUGCUGUUCUGGUUAGCGUAAAUAAUAGAUUGAAAUAAUGCCAAACUAAGAUAUAGGAAUAGUUUAUCGAGGGCUUUGAAGGAUCCAAAAGGCUUUAUAAUUGCAUAUUACACAUCUAUGCAAUAACUGUAAUCUGUUUGAUGACAUGAUUUUAAGUCAGACACAGUGCUUUAUGUACAUUUGUCCUUUGUAUUUUUAACCAUACUAUUAUUUCGUGUUCUCCAUUCAUUAAUUUUAAUUUGAACUCCUACCGACAUUAAUAUUAUCUUUGUUUCCCUACUUGUCUUAUUGUUAAUUCAUCCUGUUUUACUUAACGGCUACGAAAUGUGGCCAUUAACAGUAGAAGAUACUUGCAAAUACUAGUAUUUGAUCACAGACUUAGUAAUAUUGAUCGUGUCUGCUGGGAUCAUCGGGUAAGUA